AUGUAUAUGAGACCUUUUAAAAAUCAACUGUUUACAAUUGAAAAUAGAAUAAUAAGAGAACAUAAACCGAAUUACGAUAAAUUUCAGUGAAAAAUGGGAGGACGAUGCUCUUGUCUAUCAGGGAACACUUUAGAAACGAAAAACAUCGAACUUUUACAAAAUUCUAAAGACACAACGUGCUAUCAAGACGUCACAGACCUAGAAAUGUACGAUCAGCCCACAAUUAUGAUUUUUUCUUCGUUGCCAACAAUGAAUCAUCAAUGCAAUAUCAUAAUUCAGUCUGCGUUUCGAGGGUUUUUAGCAAGAAAAUUAAUAAAAAAGUUAAAAUCCCGGCGAAAAUCGCAGUCUGAAAUCUCACCUGUCAGCAAAUUACCCCUGAAUUUCAGAAAAUAUGACGAAAAAAUUAAAAGCGGAGACACAUCACCAACCAUAUAUAUAGUUAAUGAUGACGGCUCAGAAUAUGAAGGCUUCUCACGAAAUGGUAUGCCUAAUGGCAAAGGAAAAUUAAAGUUAAGCGAUGGAACGGUAUAUACUGGAAAUUUUAUUGAUGGAAAAAGGCAAGGGUAUGGGAAGCUAAAAUAUCAUGAUGAUGGCUUUUAUGAAGGAGAGUUCAGAAACGAUCUUUGUGAUGGAUAUGGAAUAAGGAAAUGGGCUAAUGGCAAUAAGUAUAAAGGCUACUGAGUUGGUGGCAAAAUGGAAGGGCAAGGGGAAUACACUUGGGAAGAUGGAAGAAAAUAUAUUGGAUAUUUCAAAAAUGAUAACAAGCAUGGAUAUGGGGAGCUAUUUUGGCCUGAAGGAAGGAUUUAUAAAGGAAAUUGAGCUGACGGGAAGCAAGAUGGCAUAGGAAUUUAUACAUGCUUGGAUUCAAAGAAUAAAACCAGCAAAACUGUCAAAGGGUUAUGAAAAAAUGGGAAAAGAAUAAAUUGACUCAAAAUUUAA